AGUUUCGCUGAUCGUCCCCACUCACAACCCGGAGUCGCAAGAUAGUUUGACGCUUCUCAUAAACGAGGACUAUCCAACCCAGAAAAAAUGGUGAAAGUAGGAAUCAAUGGAUUUGGCCGCAUCGGUCGUCUGGUGACCCGCGCUGGUUUCCAGUCCAAGAAGGUGGAGAUCGUAGCCAUCAAUGACCCCUUCAUUGACCUGGAGUACAUGGUCUACAUGUUCAAGUACGACUCCACCCACGGACGUUUCCACGGUGAGGUCAAGAUCGAGGGUGACAAGCUGGUCAUCGACGGACACAAGAUCAGCGUGUUCCACGAGAGGGACCCCGCCAACAUCAAGUGGGGCGAUGCUGGAGCCCAGUACGUGGUGGAGUCCACCGGCGUGUUCACCACCAUCGAGAAGGCGUCCGCUCACUUGAAGGGAGGCGCCAAGAGAGUCAUCAUCUCCGCCCCUAGUGCCGACGCACCCAUGUUCGUCAUGGGAGUGAACCACGAGAAGUACGAGAACUCCCUGCAGGUUGUCAGCAAUGCUUCCUGCACCACCAACUGCCUGGCCCCCCUGGCCAAGGUCAUCCACGACAACUUUGGCAUCGUUGAGGGACUGAUGAGCACAGUCCACGCCAUCACCGCCACCCAGAAGACAGUGGACGGACCCUCCGGAAAGCUGUGGAGGGACGGCCGCGGCGCCAGCCAGAACAUCAUCCCCGCCUCCACCGGAGCCGCCAAGGCUGUGGGCAAGGUCAUCCCCGAGCUCAACGGCAAGAUCACUGGCAUGGCCUUCCGCGUCCCCACCCCCAAUGUGUCCGUGGUCGACCUGACCGUCCGCCUGGAGAAGCCCGCCAAAUAUGAUGACAUCAAGAAGGUCAUCAAGGCUGCCUCUGAGGGACCCAUGAAGGGAAUUCUGGGAUACACAGAGGACCAGGUGGUGUCCACAGAUUUCAACGGAGAUAUCCGCUCCUCUAUCUUUGAUGCUAAUGCUGGCAUUGCCCUCAAUGACCACUUUGUCAAGCUGGUCACAUGGUACGACAAUGAGUUCGGCUACAGCAACCGCGUCAUCGACCUGAUGGCCCACAUGUCCUGCAAGGAGUAAAUCAAGCACUUCCGAGCCUUAUACGUCCUCAUGCUAAACUGUGUGGCCUAUCGCUCUGUCAGAUUCCCUUGAUAGGUUGAAAAGGUUUUACGUUAAUGACCAAUCUAUUUUUGUAUAGUAAAAUCCCUGCGUUCUGUUCCAACGUGGACAGAUGGAGCGCAUGUCCGCCUGUCUGUGGCAUCAUGUGGCCACUUUCAGAUGUGCAAUAAAGUCCUCGGUUUGUGAGAAACACAUAA